GUGAAUUUAGCAGAAGUUAAUUUUUUUUCGAUGGCAACACUGGAGGAGAUGAUAGCAUGGUGGCAAUCCUCACAAGGGUACUGAUGACGGCCGCCGAGAUCUCCAACCUGUUCUCUGCCUUGCUGGUCUUGAUCUGCUUCGUCCGCAUGGUCAUCUUCAUACUGCGUAUCCAGGGAGAAGAUGUGUUUGAUACCUCUGUGGUGCACGUAGCUCAGCCUCCCAUAGCCCAGGUGGCCUACCAGAAGGUUGCCGUUCCCUUCUCUGUUGACUUACACAAGGCACAAGACGCUUCAUUCAGUGAUGUGCAGCUAAAGGUUCGCAGCGAGGUUAAUUAUGCAUUACGAAGCUUUUGGGGUGUGCCAUCGGACCGCCUACACAUGCUGCUGGCCGCUCCCUGGACAGGCUUCUUUCUACAUCUUAUAGAAGAGCCGUCAGUUGGGGCACAGGUGGUGGAUGAAGUCUUGAGAGAGGAUGUCACUGAGGCUGCUGAGUCAGUGAAGCAGCUUGGUCUGUCUCCCGAAGCCCCAAGUCUGUCUUUGGGCCCAAUGCCACGCACGACCUACCCACUGGUGGUCUGCGUCGUCCGACAAGACACGUCACAGGAGGCUGACGAUAGCAGGGUGGGAGCGCUCAUCACCGUUAUCCAUAUCAAGGAUGGGAACUGUCAGGUGCCAACUUGCAUCCUUCGCCAGUAUCUGAAGCAGUACUCGGGCCAGCUCACCAAACUGAAGGCAUUGUACAUACAAGGCAGCACAAGCAGCUCAGCCAGCACAAGGGAAAGCACAGAACCUGAGGGAGGACAUACUGAACAUGAUGAUGAGGAUGAGGAAGUCCCCUUGGAGGAGGCCUGUGUAGUGUGUCAAGUCAAGAGAACAACGCGUGCCCUGCUGCCCUGCCGCCACGUGUGUCUGUGUGAUGACUGCUGCACCCGCCUCGACAACUGCCCCAUGUGCCGCACACGCAUCUUGGCAUACUUCCUGGUGGCGGCGGAAGUCCCUGCCAGCCAAAGGGACCCACAGCAGCAGGAAGGUGGAAGGGACACACUGGAGCACCCCUCAACAUGGCAUCGAUUUAAUAAUGCCAUAAAUCGUAUGAUGGGCAUUGACAACCAUCACUGAGAGAGAGACAGAUGCUGCCUGUAGGGCAUAUUUGCCAGUGCCUGCACACCCUACCAAUCGUUGCCCUUGCCAGCCAACUUGUCCCCUGAGCCCCACUCCUUCUUUACCCAUACCCUUACUGUUUUUUUCCAUAUGUGAUUAUAUUUAUUGUUUAGGUCAUGUAUCUUAAGAACAAAUCCUCAGUCAAUCAGUGACAACUCCAGGACAGUGCUUGGGGCUUAGGGGACAAAUUGCCUGGCAGUGACUGAAAAUUAUUCAUGAUGAAAAAACUAUUUAGGAAAAUUGAACUGAGGUAGAAAUUAAAUGAACUACUACUCUCAAUAUAAUGCUUAUCAGUUUUUAUUUUGACAGUAAUUCAUUCUCAUAUCUUGGCUCAGUUGUUUUUCUUUUUGAUACGAGUACUGCUUGGAAUGGUGAGCAUGAGUUGGUGAACCUCCUCAAGAUGGACAAUGAUGCAGAGCUGAAACCUUUGCAGUUACAGCUCCAUAAGUAAUAUAUUUUCUUCAUUUACUGUCACUGGUGCAUUUGUUGUUUUGUCUUUGGUCAGACCAUAAUGUUGUAUGUUCAUAGUUGAUGCUUUAUAUAACUGUGAAGUAAACAGAUUGAUAAUAUUUAUUUUCUUAUUAUAUAUGUCACAUUUCAGUGGCAGUGUUGUACUUGAUUAAUAUUAGUCAACAUUUGGUGAACAAGGAAAAAGUGACUGGCUUAAGGUGGAAAGCUGGAUUUGUUAUGCCACAAAUAUCACAAGUCUAGCUGAAUGUUUUAUGUCAGAGAUGUGAGACAUUGAAAAUAGGAUAUUGCAACUGUGUUAGAGAAAUUGUGAUGAUUGUGUGGUAUGUAUAAAGAAAAAUAUAUAUUUAUAAAGUAAA